UUUCCUUUUUUUUUUAUCUCAGCAAAAUCCUCUCAGCUGUUACAUCCAGUCCUCUACUCCACCAACACACACAUAAAACACACGCGUACACACACACACGCACACUCGCCAGCUCCACCGUAGACUUUGGAAUUCACUGUUGCCAUGGCGAUGGAAUAGAGCACGCUCUCUCGCAUUGCCUGUUCUUUUCUAUUGCUUUAUCUCCCCUCUCUCUCUCUCUCUGUGUGGAGGCAAACCCGCUUCUCUUGUUUGACAUGGGGCUUGUUUUUUGCUGCCGGCAUCAGGUUUUGAAUGUUUGUUUGUUUAUUUGUUUGUUUGUUUUUCAACGACACAUGAUGCUCAUAUAGAAAAUAUGUUUGUGCGGAAGAUGUUUCUGUACAGGAGCAUCCCCUGCUCUCAAGACUCAUGUCACGUUCGUUAAUCAAAUCCCCCAUCUUCCCCACCCCACCUCUCAUCUUCUCAUCUCCUUCUCUCCCACAUCUUCUCCUGUCCUUUUACUUCCAUCCUUCUCUUUCAGUCUUUUCUCUCACUCACUCUCUCUCUCUCUCAUCUGCUCUUUACCCCCCCUCCCCUCCACCUCUUUCUUGCUUCUCUCAGUAGCUAAGAUGACUGCCAUGACAAUUCAAUGAGAAGAGAGGACGCAAAGUGAAGUAUCCCCUACUUGCUGAAAAGGAGCGACGGAGCGCUCAAGGUAAAAAGGAGAAGACGGGGGAAACGCACGAGAAGAAAAGGCAGAAGAUUUAAAAAGAAACUAUUAGGAAGAAAAGAACUGGCAGAAGAAGAGCCAGGAAAGAGGAAGGGGCGAGAAAGCGGAUAAACGGUGGAUGGAGGCGGCUCGGACCGGGGCUACGGAGAGCUCUUCACUGACGAAGAAGAAGAACAGCAGCAGCAGCAGCAGGGGGGAGAGGAGAUGGAGGCGAAAGGGAGAAACAUGCCCUCAGACAUCAGUUUCCUUCCCCGCCCAGCCAUGGUGUGGUGUGAGCGAGGGAUCCAGGUGCUGUUGACCACCAUGGGAGCUUUUGCAGCUUUUGCACUGAUGACAGUGGCUAUUGGAACUGACUACUGGCUGUACGCCCGGGCCUUCAUCUGCAACAGCACAGCCAACUCAUCGCAGGAGGACUCCAACAAUAAGGACAAGAAGGAUCCUGGGGCGCUCACCCACUCCGGCCUCUGGAGGAUUUGCUGCCUGGAAGAGGGUCUUGGCGAGAAAGGACAGAAGGGGAUGGUGGGCGGAUAUCAAUGCACGGAUGUCAGAUUCAAGCAAAGCGUUCCUGAAGGUGUGGUGAGAGCUUCCAGCAUCUUCCCCAUCCUCAGUGCCAUAUUGCUUCUUCUGGGUGGAGUGUGUGUUGCUUCCAGUGGAUUCUAUAAAAGCAAAAGGAACAUUAUUCUCGGUGGAGGGAUUCUCUUUGUAGCUGCAGGCCUCAGCAACAUCAUUGGAGUGAUCGUGUACAUCUCGGCAGCACUGAGCGACAUCUCCCCCAAGAAGGACGAGGAUAAGAAGUGGCAUUAUUCCUACGGCUGGUCAUUCUACUUCGGCGGUCUGUCCUUCAUCCUGCCUCUCUAUGGCACGGUGGACCGUGCCACGCUCUACCAGCUCCACAACUACUUCCCAAAAGAUUCCAGCGGCAGUGGCAGCGGUGGAGGAGGAGCGGGAGGAGGAGGAGGAGGAGCAGUGAUAAGCAGCAGUACGCUCCCUUCCCACUCCAAGUCCAACUUGGCAGCAGCGGCAGCUGUAGCCCAGAACGCAGCACCGCUGAAUACCUCCACAUCCGCUGCUCCGACCACCCAGCCAGCCCCGAUAUCUACAGCCACCAUGGAGCGGGACAGGGGCAACGUGGGAACCCUGGACCGACUGACAGCCAAAAGGGACCGGGAUAGCAACUCAGAUACACUAAACAGGAAAACGACACCAGUUUAAACUCAGAGAGAGAGAGGAGAGGAGAAAUAGAGAUGGGAUUUAGAGAGGAAGAGUAGGGCUGUAAAUGUGUGGGUGGCACGUCAACAAUAAGGUUUCUGUCCUUGAGCCUGAGGUAUCGAGCUGCCAUAAAUAUUACUAAUGUUAUAAACAGUCAUCAAACAUCUGAUGCUAAGAGCAAAUUCAUGACAGCCGCCUUAAAAAUUGUCAUGACUUUGAAACCCGUUUCGUUAAUUGCACAGCAGGGGUACAGUGGAGGAUUCGGGAAAUGUUUCUUUUCUCUGUUUUUUUUAUUCCUGAAUUACUCACUAAAUCAUAGAGAUACAAAACUCCCAGAUGUGUAAUAAAACAGCCUCCCAAUGCAGCAGUUAGGCGCCUUGCCGAGGAGGCAGGGGAACUCUUUCGUUAUUUAUUUCCCUUAUCUCAGUUUUGUCAGUUUCUACAAGGACAUCUUUUUAAAUCCUGAAAGAAACAGUGAAGGAAGCUUUGAUGAUAAUAAACCCCGCUUACAAAUCACUAAUUUGCACACAUCUUAGAUCGGAUUGGCCUUAAAUCUACAUUUUCUUUUCACAAAGCAAGACAGAGUCCUUGCUUUUUGUUAUUCUAAACUUUGCAGCACUUUUUAACUUAAUAAUAAAUUAUAAAGUGGCCAGAUGGUACAAGUCACAAUUCUUUCUUCCAUUUCUGUUUUAAAAGGACGAGAGCGUCACAGACGGGUACAUUCUGCCAAGUAACAAGCUGCUCAGUGACAAGUUGACUGCCAAUUGAAGGUCAACAGUAGCUCCUUAACCUCUGGACCUGAGAGAGAGCGACCUCAGCCAUAUCUAACGUAGAUCAGAGGAGGCUGCCGCACUGUGAGCCUGAUUAUUUUUCACUGUGUGUCAAAGGUAUUUACAGUGACAGAUGGGCAUUCACCACAGUUCUAAGGAAAGGAACAGCCAUGGACUUAAAGCUUUAGUCUUAACGCCUCCAUUACGCCACUGCCAGUUGUCGCAGUAAGAUACGGCAAUGUGAUCGUUUGAGCAAGUAACUUAUUUUGGCAUCAAUUCUUUCUAGUUUUUGUUUAAAUAGAAAGAAUUGCGUUUCCCAAAGUGUUGCCCGCAAUUCUUAAACCAUUGGAAAACUUUAUAAAAUGUAAAUAAAAAACAGGAAGGAGACAAGGCAAAUCUCAUAAAUAGAUAUUUUACUCACACAUAUUAAAUGUUUAAACUGAGAAAAAUCUGUCAUUUUGAAAUUGAUGGGAGCAGCAUGUCUCGGAAAAGCUGGGUCAUUCCCGUGUUUGUGUGCAUCAUCCUCUCUUACAAUAUUAGACGUAGGAAUGCUGUUCUACAUCUAAUGUUGGAUCCUAGUGACUCAAGUCCUGGGUUUCCUUUGUUGUGAUGUCAGGAUGCGUCAGUUUUUUGUUUUGUUUUCCAGUUGGGGAAAAGCCGGUUCAAGACAUGAACUCCUCUGUGGUUUAGCAUCUGGUUGGAAGCUUAUGUUGCUCUAAAAUCUGCAUUAGUGCCAGUCUGUUUGCACUCCCGUUUUAACUGAACACUAACAGCAACAGAUGGUUACUUUCCCCUUCAGUCUGGAGGAUGCCAUGUCCUUGUUUUCCAAAAAGAAAUUUUACAUUUCAAUUUAUCAGUUUUCCACUUGGUCUCUUUUAAAUGAGCAUUGGCCAAGAGAAGUUGACAUGAUCUAAGCUUGCUUGACAGAGAUUUAACCUGUUUG